AUGACUUUGUUGGUGCGAGCUGCUCGGGCUCGUCUGGUCUCUCCGGGCUUCCGUGGAGUGGCGACCUCCGCCGCACGUCUCGGCGGUUCGCCACCGUUCCUGCACAUCCCGCCGCCCCCUCCCCCGGAGUUCGAGCCGGAUGGCACUCCGAAGAAGUACCCGCUUCAUCAGCCAGUUUGGGACCACGGCUAC